AUGCAAAUCUUUCUUGCAGUCAUUUUUCUAUUUGCUUUUGCACUCGCCGACCCACAAAUUCUAUAUUUAAAAACGUUUCCAUUGGGAAGUACAACCAAUAUUACAACCGAGGUAAAUCAUAUCUCAACUAAACAUUUUUGAAAGGAACAUUUUUAGAAUGGAUCAAACCUAUAUCUAGCUUCUCGAGAUUUACUAACUGAUCUUCAAAAUAUCACACUCACAAUAGAUGGUCAAAAUUAUUCACUUGACACACUUCGCGAUGUCGCAUCUGAUGAUGGAUCUCAAUAUUCAAUGAAACUUGGAAGUUAUUUCACAAUCAGCACAAAUUCAGUGAACACUACACAUUUCUCAGGAUAUCUUUAUGUUUCAACAGCUCAACAAGCAGCAGAUCCAAAUUUCUCUGUUUAUGUGAUUGCUAGUGAAGUAAAUAUCACAAAAACAUAUUCAGGCUUUUCAACAACAGUGAUUCUGAAUACAAAUUUCGGUGUGACUCCCUUCUGGUAUUCCCCAUUCAAAACAAGUUUAGUCAGUAAUAUUGUGCAGGAUCCUUCAUCCAAAUUCUAUAUUUAUCCAAGUAUUCCAUAUAAUAAUUAUACAAGUCAUUCACGUUGGAGAACAAUUUUCUAUAAUCCAAUGGUUUUUGAAAAUAUUGCACCAAAUGGAAGUGUUUAUGAGACUGAACAAUUAUUUGAAAAUGUAGAACCUCUUCAACUUUCAUAUGAUGCUUGGUAUUUUUCAUCAUCUGGAAAUAUCAGUAUGACAAUUUCAAAGUUGUGGGGUAAUUUUGAAUUCUCAUUUCCAAGGAACAAAUUCGUAAUCAAUUAAUUUCUAGUAAACUACGUUCAAACCAACACAACUUCUCUAACAACAACUGGUUUACUUGCCAUCUCAGCAGAAUCCUUUUUCGCCAAUGCCAACAUCAAUUUCCUAUACAAUCCAAAUAACACUCGAACAACUGGAAUGUUUUUGAAAUGUCAACCUGAUUAUCCAGUUGAAUUCACACUUUCUGGAGUCAACGCGGUUUUGGAAGCAUAUUUCAAUAAAACUGAAACAACUAUGGGAACAUUGGAAUGGAGUGAUAAUGAUGGAACUAGUCUAUUAGUUAAUUCUUCAUUCAUAAUUCCUGGAUCAUUUUCUGUUCAAUAUUUUAUAAUUGACACAGGUGUCAGAAUUGUGACAAGCACUUCGAUUCCUCCAACAUCUACUCCUGUCUCUUCAACACAAUCGACAAGUUCAAGUCAAUCAACAACAGUUAUAUCAACUUCAGCUUCAACUCAGCAAAGUGUUUCAAAUGUAACUAAUCCAGUGACUUCUUCAGUUAAGUCAACAACAACAUCAAGUUCUACAAAAAUAAUAACAACAAGCACAAUUCAAACAACAACAAGUGAAUCGAAAUUGUUAUAUUCUUCGAUUUGGUUUUCUUUAGCUUUAACUUUAAUUUUAUAA